UGGUGCUUCGAGACGCAGGCUGCAACCGCGUCGUGUGAAUGGAGCUGAGCGGAUUGCCGCGGACUGAGGCUGCUGCUUUUGGACCAGCUACCUCAUCUCGUGGCCCUCAAUGACCCCAGCCCCCUCCUGUGACCUUGGUCCCUUUCCUCACUGAACAGUGGCUUUCUAGGGUUCUAGGUAUCUGCUUUCUCAGUGAUUCUGUGUGGUGUAAUGGAAAGAACACUGAACCGCAAUGGCCUGAACCCUCAUGGAGUCACUCAGGGAUCUGGACAUUGAGGUCUGGCUGGCAGGAGUACAUCUGGAACGGUACGCAGAUACAUUCCGGAGGCACGGUGUGUCCACUGCAGCUGCUGCCCAAAGCCUGGGCCACGAGGAACUUCGUCGAAUGGGCAUCUGGGCCACAGGUCAUCGCAAACGGAUUCUUCGCCUGCUUCAGGGGGCUACUGUGGAGGUCCCUACAGACACCCCACUGGACACUACCAUGGAUCAACCCCCAAACCCAGAUCCUCAAGUGCUCUCCACCAAACCAGUGCCCAAACCAAGGACAGUGUUUACUUUUUUUGGCACCACUCCUGCUGAAUCAGUCCCACCUCCCUUGCUGAACCCUCCUAUAGAGACCCCUCCAGUGACUCAGGAAGAAGAUACCAGCCUAAUAGUCCAAGAUGAAGGGAGCAUGGUCCCCAGGGGUUCAGAGCAGCCAGUGAACCAAGAGCCUUCCCUAAGCACCCCCCAGCCUCCCUUUUCCCCCUCCCUCCCUUCGGAUCAGCCUCCCAUCUUGGACAGGAUGACCAUGAUGCCCAAUGAUAUCUACUUUGGCCUAGACCUUGGAAGGGGAGCACAACCAGGGACUCAGGAAACGACUGCAGACUGCUCCCUGGUAGAUCCUCCUACUCCCAUCCCCACUUCCAGACCUACAGGAGGCACAGUGCAUAUCAUGGACCCUAGCAGCCUGUACUAUGGUGUUCAGCCUGUUUCAGUCCCUGGGACUCCCAAAGGAAUGAAGACAAGGGGUGUCAGUCAGUCAGCAGGUGAACCCAGGCCAAGCAGCCAUGAACCAGAGCGGGGAGAGGAUUGUGGCUAUGCCAGUCUGGAGCUUCCUGGGGACUCCAUCCACUUGAUGCCCAUCCUGGACCCUGAAGAGCCGGGCGACGAUCUUAUCUCUCCCUAUGCCAGCUUCACCUCACUAGCUGAUCCCCCCACACCCUUGCUCAGUGGAUGGUUGGACAAGCUCUCGCCUCAGGGGAAUUAUGUCUUUCAGAGGCGUUUUGUCAGGUUCAAUGGAAAGAAGCUGAUGUAUUAUGGAAGUGACAAGGACACCUUCCCUAAGGGGGUUAUCCCACUGACUGUCAUUGAGAUGGUCCGAAGCUGCAAGGAUUGCAAGUUCCAAGUCAUCACUAGCCAAAGGGUGUUUGUGUUUCGAGCUGAGAGUGAAGCUCAGAGGGACAACUGGUGCUCCACGCUGCAGUCUCAGCUGAAGGAGCAACGGCUUCUAGGCAACCCUCGGCCACCUCAUCCACCCCGUCCCCUCCGCACAGGGAUCCUAGAACUUCGGGGACACAAAGCUAAAGUGUUUGCAGCUCUGAGCCCUGGGGAGCUAGGACUGUACAAGAGUGAGCAGUCCUUUUCUCUCGGCAUUGGAAUUUGUUUCAUUGAGCUUCGGGGAUGCAGUGUCCGGGAGACCAAGAAUCGAAGCUUUGACCUUCUUACACCCCAUCGAUGCUUCAGCUUCACAGCGGAGUCAGCUUGCACACGCCAGGUCUGGGCAUCUGCACUGCAGGAGGCCAUUACUGAGACUCUGUCUGACUAUGAGGUAGCUGAAAAAAUCUGGUCCAACCGAGCAAAUCGAUACUGUGCAGACUGUGGAGCAGCUCGUCCUGACUGGGCCUCAAUCAACCUGGGAGUGGUCAUCUGCAAGCAUUGUGCAGGACAACAUCGGGCCCUGGGCUCCGGGGUGUCUAAGGUACAGAGUCUGAAACUGGACACAAGCAUCUGGAGCAAUGAAAUCGUGCAGCUUUUCCUCAUCCUGGGCAAUGAUGGAGCCAACCGGUUCUGGAUAAAGGGACUGCCCCCAGGAGGAGGGCUGCAUCCAGACACUCCCCCUGGCCCCCGUGGGGACUUCAUCUCCCGCAAAUACCGGCUUGGCCUCUUUCGGGCACCCCAUCCUCAGUACCCUGACCACAGUCAGCUGCUGCAGGCACUGUGUGCAGCUGUGAUGGGACCCAACUUGUUGAAAACCAUGAUUCAGCUUUUCUCAUAUGAGGAACCAUGCUCUGAAGGCAGUUUCUCUAAUCUCCUCCCCCUAGACUCAUCCCCUAGUGUGUACAAUGAAGUCCUGGUGCCUGCUGCACUAAGUGGCUUUUUGUACUGCAGCGCAGUCAGCAGCAAACCUGGACCUCCACCCCACCGCCGGGGCCGGGAUGCACCCCCUAGGCUAUGGUGUGUGUUGGGUGCAGCCCUGGAGAUGUUUUCAUCAGAGACCAGUCCAGAGCCAAUCAGCUUGAUCCAGCCUCAGGAUGUGGUGUGUCUGGGGGUAAGCCCCCCACCAGUUGACCCAGGGGACCUUGACAGGUUCCCAUUCUCCUUUGAACUCAUUCUGACUGGAGAAAAGGUCCAAUACUUUGGGACUGAUGGAGCUGAUAGUCUGGAAGCCUGGACCAGAGCAGUGGGCAAGUGGUUCUCCCCACUAAGCUGUCACCAGCUCCUGGGCCCUGGCCUGCUGAGGCUGGGCCGUUUACGGUUGCGGUCCCCCUCUCAGACUGCAAUGAGCCCAGGCCUCUGGCUGUCUGCCUUUGGCCUCCUCCGAGGUGACCACCUAUUCCUGUGCCCAGCACCGGGCCCUGGCUCCCCAGCUCCUGAGGACACUGUGCACCUGAGAAGACUGCAGGAGAUCAGUGUAGUAUCUGCAAGCGACAGCCCUGAUAAGAAAGACCAUCUAGUCCUGGUAGAAACAGGAAGGACCCUGUAUCUACAGGGAGAGGGGCGUAUAGACUUUGCUGGCUGGAGCACUGCCAUUGGAGGAGCAGCUGGAGGUGGGGGCACAGCGCUGCAAGGGCAACAGAUGAGUCGAGGAGACAUUCCCAUCAUCGUGGAUGCCUGCAUCAGCUUUGUCACUCAGCAUGGUCUACGUUUGGAGGGUGUAUAUAGGAAGGGGGGUGCUCGGGCACGAAGUCUCCGGCUGCUGGCUGAGUUCCGGCAGGAUGCACGGUCAGUGAAGCUCCGACCAGGAGAGCACUUUGUGGAAGAUGUAACGGACACACUCAAACGCUUCUUCCGGGAGCUGGAUGACCCUGUUACCUCUGCACGCUUGUUACCCAGAUGGAGGGAGGCUGCAGAGUUACCCCAGAAAUCUCAGCGGCUAGAGCGGUACAAGGAGGUGAUUGGAUGCCUGCCCAAGGUCAACCACAGAACACUGUCCACCCUCAUUGGUCACCUCUACCGGGUGCAGAAAUGUGCAAGUCUGAACCAGAUGUGUACUCGGAACCUGGCCCUGUUAUUUGCACCAAGUGUGUUCCAGACAGAUGGUCGAGGGGAGCAUGAGGUUCGGGUGUUGCAGGAACUCAUUGAUAACUACAUAUCUGUCUUUGAUAUCGAUUCAGACCAAGUGGCUCAGAUUGACCUGGAAGUCAGUCUCAUAACUACCUGGAAGGAUGUGCAGCUGUCACAAGCUGGAGAUAUCAUCAUGGAAGUGUACUUGGAACAGCAGCUACCAGACAAUUGUGUCACCCUGAAGGUUUCCCCAACACUGACUGCUGAGGAGCUGACAAAUCAGGUACUAGAGAUGAGGGGAGCAACAGCUGGCACAGACCUGUGGCUGACAUUUGAGAUCCGGGAGCACGGCGAGCUUGAGCGGCCCCUGCACCCAAAGGAACGGGUCCUAGAACAGGCCCUGCAAUGGUGCCAGCUCCCUGAACCAGGCUCUGCUUCCCUGUUGCUGCGCAGGGUCUCCCUAGCCCAGGCCAGCUGCCUCUUUACAGGUGUGCGUCGGGAGAGUCCCCGGGUAGGCCUGCUUCGGUGCCGGGAAGAGCCCCCCAGGUUGCUAGGAAGUCGUUUUCAGGAAAGGUUCUUCCUACUUCGGGAACGCUGCCUCUUGCUGCUCAAGGAGAAAAGGAGUUCUAAGCCAGAGCGAGAAUGGUCUUUGGAUGGUGCAAAAGUUUACCUAGGAAUACGCCGAAAGCUAAAGCCACCAACACCAUGGGGGUUUACACUGAUCCUGGAGAAGCUGCAGCUCUACCUGUCUUGCACAGAUGAGGAUGAGAUGUGGGACUGGACAACCAGCAUCCUUAAAGCACAGCAUGAUGAUCAGCAGCCUGUGGUCCUUCGGCGGCAUUCUUCUUCUGACCUAGCCCGACAGAAAUUUGGCACAAUGCCCCUGUUGCCUAUUCGAGGUGAUGACAGUGGUGCUACCCUGCUCUCUGCCAACCAGACACUGCGCCGACUGCACAACCGGAGGACACUAUCCAUGUUUUUUCCCCUGAAGCUGUCUCAGGAUUCUGUGGAAGAGCAAGAAGAAGAGGCUGAGGAGCCAGUGUAUGAAGAGGUAGGAGCCUUCCCUGAACUGACCAAGGACUCUCCGAUUCCACUGGACCAGACAUCUGAACCAGAGGUCCCUGAGGAUUCUCCCACCAGCCGGACUGCAUUUCCAGAGCAAAGCCAGAGCCUACAGAGUGACUGUCCCCCGCUUUCUAAGUCAAGCUCCCUUGGACAAGAGAGGGGACCCCCAGAACUGCCUCCUGGCCCCCCUCGGAAAACCAGUUUUCAACAUCGUUUGUCUCUGGAAGAUAAAUUAGUACAGGAGCUGAACUCACUGAUUCUGCAAAAGGGAGAGGCCUCUUUUCCCAGUCUCCCUGCCUCUCAGCCUCCCAGCCCCCCAAUACGGACCCCUAAUCCCAUCAGCCACCCUAUGCAAACUCCUGGACACUCUCCCAAAUCUCCCUGUAAUUCCCAUUCCCCAUCUGGCCAACACCUUACAUGACCCUGAAGCCAGUAACCAGCUCCAGGAUGAGGUGGUAGAAGGACCUGAUGCUCAAGGGACAAAGGACAACAAACAUUUACUAAAUGUCUGCCCUCUGAGGGACUAAGUUUAAGGCUGGAGAUAGAUAAAAAAGAGAUAAAAAGCCCCUGCCUUCAGGGAGCUUAUAUUCUACAGACUCCAGGCUCCUACCUACCUACAAGAAUAUUGAAAGCACCUAUGGGAACUCCCUCAGCCACAGACCAGGACAGCCCUAACCUGUCCCUGAAAAUCCAGUGUGGCAUGGUAUAGUGGAAAGGAUGAGUCAGGAGACCUGGGCUCCAGUCAUGAUUCUGUCACUAACUAGUUCUGUGACCUUGGGCAAGUUCUUUCCCUUGAUGAACCUCAGUUUCCUCAUCUGUAAAAUAAGGGAGUUUUUCUAAGGUCCCUUCCAGGACUGACAUUUUAUGUUCCAAGACCCCAAAAGAACCUCUGUGCUCAGUAGGCCUGUUGGAUUGAAGAGGUUUGGAGGCAGGCAGCCAGGCAGGGUGAGAAUCGACUGAAUAAACUUUGAAAACAAAACAGCUACAUAUUUGCCUUUGCUUCCCCUAAGAAACUAGUUGAGGAGGUGUAGAAAAUUGGGUCGAGGACACUAAGCUUAAGUUAUAUAUGACUUGGGAGAGUAUCAGCUUGAAGAGAGGGUCAGUGCACGAUGCCUUGAAAGGAAGGGAGAGAAUUGGGGAAAUUUGAGGCACUCCUUGGAAAAGAGAGCGCUUCUGGGGUAACAAGUGAGAGAUCCCUCCACCACCUCCAAGGCGCUGCUCUCAGCCCAGUAUCGCUGAAUACCGGGGAGCUCCCACAACGUACCUUUGCUUGGCCCAGUCGUCUCUCCCACUCCCGGGCCCCAGGCAGCUCUCUCACCGGGACUGCUCUGGCUUUUCCGGUUCGGUGAGAAUUUGGAGAAGUCAAUCCCAGAGCCCCCGAACCGGGACCUAAUCCAGCCCUGGUUGCCCCUGUUUCCACCCUACUUUCCCCCGAAUCAGUUUGUCCCCCAUCUAAGAGCAUCGACGUCAUCACAACCACUUCCUCUACCUUCUUCUCUCUGCUCCCCCCCUUUCCCUGUCCGGUGGUGGUCGUGGUGGUGGGACUACAGUUGCUGAUCUGCAUAUGUAAAUAAAUAUAUUUGCAUAAAAGAA